CAUUCACACGCUGGGAGCCGCCGGGGAGAGAGCAGCGCCGCUCCGCCAGCACACUGGACAUGUGCCCGACUUUCGGAAUGGAAACAAUGGCGUCGAUACGAACCACUUGACCGGGCUCCCACUGCGUUUCCUCUGUGGAUGAGGUUCCUCACGAUGGUGUGCACCACUAUGAACAGGACUGUGGAUCAAUAGAAGUUUUUUCCCUUCUUCCUCCUCCUCGCUUCGUGGCGUUGUUUCUUGACGGUAAAGCAAAAAAGACUGAAAAUCCCGACUUGGAACUCCCGUCUGAAACAGCUCCGACUCUAUUGCUCCUUACCCCCCAAGCCUCUGCACGGGUCAGGCCAAAUAUGUCACUCCAAGCUAGAUCAACAGUUUCGCCGGUUCUGGCGAACCUGUUUCCUGUGUUUGGGCUUUUGCUUAUCAUGACCUCAUCCAUCUGUGGAGGCCCGCCGCCAACUUUUAAAUGGUUCACACCCGCAGAGUGGGGGCUUACACAUUUGGCCAUUCACAACAAAACUGGGGAAGUCUAUGUGGGAGCUGUCAACUGGAUUUUCAAACUGUCUAGCAACCUGACUAAACUCCGCAGCCACAUGACUGGACCAGUGGUAGACAAUGAAAAAUGUUACCCUCCACCCAGUGUCCAGUCGUGCCCCCACGACCUGGCCCAGACACCUAAUGUGAACAAGCUUUUACUCAUUGACUAUGCCCAGAAUCGCCUCAUCGCCUGUGGUAGUACUUCGCAGGGCAUCUGUCAAUUUCUACGUCUGGAUGACCUCUUCAAGCUGGGCGAGCCUCACCAUCGCAAGGAGCACUACCUGUCCAGUGUGGCUGAGUCGGGCACCAUGUCAGGAGUCAUCAUAAGCUCCCCUCAUAGCCUGACAAGCAAGCUGUUCAUUGGAACACCCAUCGAUGGCAAAUCCGAGUACUUCCCAACCUUUUCCAGCCGGAAGUUGAUGGAGAACGAAGAGAAUGCAGACAUGUUCAGCUUUGUGUAUCAAGACGAGUUUGUCUCCUCUCAGCUUAAGAUUCCAUCUGAUACUUUGUCCAAGUUCCCUGCUUUUGAUAUAUACUACGUUUACAGCUUCAGCAGUGAACAGUUUGUCUAUUAUCUUACAAUGCAACUGGAUACUCAGCUGACUUCUCCUGAUGCCAGUGGCGAGCAGUUUUUCACCUCCAAAAUUGUACGCCUCUGCGUAGAUGACCCCAAAUUCUACUCCUACGUCGAGUUCCCAAUUGGCUGCACUAAGGACGGUGUGGAGUACCGCCUGGUUCAGGAUGCCUACUUGGCCCGGCCUGGCCGCGAACUGGCCAACUCGUUGGGGAUCUCCGAGAAUGAAGACAUCCUCUUCACGGUUUUCUCCCAGGGUCAGAAGAAUCGAGCCAAACCGCCCAAAGAGUCAGCAUUGUGCUUAUUCACCCUGAGGAGGAUAAAGGAGAAAAUCAAAGAGAGGAUUCAGUCUUGUUACAAGGGAGAUGGGAAGCUCUCCUUACCAUGGCUUCUCAACAAGGAACUGGACUGCAUCAACUCUCCUCUGCAGAUAGAUGACAACUUCUGUGGCCAGGACUUCAACCAGCCUCUGGGCGGGACCAGCACCAUCGAGGGCAUCCCGCUCUUCAUCGACAAGGAAGACGGCAUGACCUCGGUGGCCGCCUACGACUACCGCAGCAACACCGUGGCCUUUGUGGGCACGCGCAACGGCAAACUGAAGAAGAUCUUGGUGAACUCUGUGAGUCCAAACCGUCCGGCGGUGCUCUACGAGAAGGUGACCUUAAGUGAAGGGGGGAGUCCAUUGCUGAGGGACAUGCUCUUCAGCCCGGACCAGCAGAACCUUUACACACUGACUGACAGACAGGUGGUGAGAGUUCCAGUGGAGAGCUGUGAGCAGUACACCACAUGUGGGGAGUGUCUAGGCUCCAGGGACCCUCACUGUGGUUGGUGUGUCCUCCACAAUGUAUGCUCACGAAAGGACCGUUGUGAACGAGCGAGGGAACCUCAGAGGUUCGCCACAGACCAGAGGCAGUGUGUGCAGCUCACCGUUCAGCCUAGAAACAUCUCUGUCACCAUGUCUGAAGUACAGCUGGUCCUGCAGGCUGCUAAUGUUCCUGACUUGGCAGCAGGGGUCAACUGCUCCUUCGAGGACUACGUGGAGACGGAGGGAAUAAUCCAAGGCGGGUACAUUUACUGCCUGUCUCCCUCUGCCCGUGACGUCAUCCCCAUCACACGGAACAAAGGUGACAAGCGGGUGGUGAAGCUCUAUCUCAAGUCCAAAGAAACCGGAAGGAAGUUUGCCAGCGUGGAUUUUGUCUUCUACAACUGCAGCGUCCACCAUUCCUGCCUCUCCUGCGUCAACGGCUCCUUCCCGUGCUACUGGUGCAAGUACCGCCACAUGUGCACCCAGAACGCCAACGACUGCUCCUUCCAAGAGGGCCGCGUCAACGUCUCGGAGGACUGCCCGCAGAUCCUGCCGUCCACACAGAUCUUCAUCCCGGUGGGCGUGACCAAGCCCAUCACCUUAGCUGCCAAGAACCUGCCCCAGCCCCAAUCAGGCCAGAGGAACUACGAGUGUGUGUUCCACGUCCAGGGGGAGACCCUCAGCGUCCCCGCCCUGCGCUUCAACAGCUCAUCCAUCCAGUGCCAGAAGACAGCGUACGCCUACGAGGGGAACGACAUCAGUGACCUGCCUGUGGAUUUGUCUGUGGUCUGGAAUGGGAACUUUAACAUCGACAACCCCUACAACAUAAAAGCUCACCUGUACAAGUGCUACGCCCUGAGGGACAGCUGCGGCAUGUGUCUGAAGGCCGACCCCAGGUUCGAGUGCGGCUGGUGCGUACAAGAGAAGAAGUGCUCCCUGCGCCAGGAGUGCACUCCCGCCGAGAGCACUUGGAUGCACGCCACCACGGGGAACAGCCGCUGCGCACACCCCAAGAUCACCAAGCUGUUUCCUGAGACCGGGCCCAGGCAGGGAGGAACCAUGCUGACGAUCAUGGGCGAGAAUUUGGGUCUGCAGUUCAAAGACAUCCAGAGCGGAGUCCGCAUUGGAAAAGUGGCCUGCAAUCCUCAAGAAGAUCAGUACAUCAGCGCCGAGCAGAUCGUGUGUCGACUGAACGAUGCCACAGGUUACAGGGUGCAGGAGGCUCAAGUGGAAGUGUGCGUGAGGGACUGCAGUCAUCCCGACUACAAAGCGGUCUCGACCAAGGCCUUCACUUUUGUGUCUCCAUACUUCACCCACGUCACUCCGUCCACCGGGCCGCUGUCUGGAGGAACACGGAUCACCAUAGAAGGAAGUCAUCUCAACGCCGGCAGCGCCGUGUUUGUGAAGAUAGGACUUCGUGCCUGCCGCUUUGAGAAGCGCAGCAGCAAGGAGGUGGUGUGCGUGACCCCGGCGGGCCUGGCCCCGGGCACCACCCCCGUCAUGGUGGACAUCAACUCUGCCGAGCUGAGGAACCCAGAGGUGAAGUUCAACUACAGCGACGACCCCACCAUCCUCAGGGUGGAGCCCGACUGGAGUAUUGCCAGUGGAGGAACCAUGUUGACCAUCACAGGAACCAACCUGAGGACCAUCACCAAGCCCAAGAUGAGAGCCAAGUAUGGAUCUGCCCAGUCAGUCAAUAACUGCACGGUGCUCAACAACACGGUGAUGGUGUGCCUGGCUCCCUCCGUGGCCGGCUCCGACAAGGGCUUCUCCGAGGCGGGCAGCAGUCCGGACGAAAUCGGCUUCAUCAUGGACGACGUGCACUCGGUUUUGGUGGUCAACGAGACGUUCAGCUAUCACCCGGACCCCGUGUUUGAGCCGCUGAGCCCCAACGGCAUGUUGGAGCUGAAGCCCAGCUCUCCACUUAUACUCAAGGGCCGCAACCUGAUCCCCGCCGCUCCUGGCAACAGCAAGCUGAACUACACGGUGCUGAUCGGGGAGACGCCGUGCGUCCUCACUUUGUCCGAGAGCCAGCUGCUGUGCGAGUGGCCCAACCUGACAGGCCAGCACAAAGUCACCGUGCGUGUUGGAGGCUUCGAAUACUCGCCAGGGACUUUGCAGAUCUACUCCGACAGCCUCCUCACCCUGCCGGCCAUCAUUGGCAUCGGAGGAGGCGGCGGCCUGCUGCUGCUGGUCAUCAUCGUGGUCCUCAUCGCCUACAAGAGGAAGUCCCGCGACGCUGACCGCACCCUCAAACGUCUGCAACUGCAGAUGGACAACCUGGAGUCCAGGGUGGCCCUGGAGUGCAAGGAGGCGUUCGCAGAGCUGCAGACUGACAUCCACGAGCUGACUCAGGAGCUGGACGGAGCAGGAAUCCCCUUCUUGGACUACCGCACGUACGCCAUGAGAGUCCUCUUCCCUGGCAUCGAGGACCACCCUGUGCUGAAGGAGAUGGAGGUUCCCGCCAACGUGGAGAAGGCCCUGACGUUGUUUGGCCAGAUGCUGACCAAGAAGCACUUCUUGCUGACCUUCAUCCGCACCCUGGAAGCGCAGCGGUCCUUCUCCAUGCGAGACCGCGGCAACGUGGCCUCCCUCAUCAUGACGGCGCUGCAGGGGGAGAUGGAGUACGCCACAGGUGUCCUCAAACAGCUGCUGUCCGACCUCAUCGACAAGAACCUGGAGAGCAAGAACCACCCCAAGCUCUUACUUCGAAGGACGGAGUCGGUGGCCGAGAAGAUGCUCACUAACUGGUUCACCUUCCUGCUCAACAAGUUCCUGAAGGAGUGUGCAGGCGAGCCUCUCUUCAUGCUGUACUGUGCCAUGAAGCAGCAGAUGGAGAAGGGGCCCAUAGACGCCAUCACGGGAGAGGCUCGCUACUCCCUCAGCGAGGACAAGCUCAUCAGGCAGCAGAUCGACUACAAGACUUUGACGCUGCACUGUGUGAACCCAGAGAACGAGAACGCUCCUGAGGUGACGGUCAAGAGUCUCAACUGUGACACGGUGACGCAGGUCAAGGAGAAGCUCCUGGAUGCCGUGUACAAGGGGACGCCCUACUCGCAGAGACCCAAGGCCUCGGACAUGGACCUGGAAUGGCGCCAAGGAAGGAUGGCUCGCAUCAUCCUGCAGGAUGAAGACGUGACCACCAAGAUUGACAACGACUGGAAGAGACUCAACAGCCUGGCUCACUACCAGGUGACGGACGGCUCAGUGAUUGCUCUGGUGCCCAAACAGAACUCGGCAUACAACAUCUCCAACUCCUCCACCUUCACCAAAUCUCUCAGCAGAUACGGUACGCGAGAAGAGAGCAUGCUGAGAACAGCCAGCAGUCCAGACAGUCUGCGCUCCAGAACCCCCAUGAUCACGCCCGACCUGGAGAGCGGCACCAAACUGUGGCACCUGGUGAAGAACCACGACCACUCGGACCAGAGGGAGGGGGACCGAGGCAGCAAGAUGGUCUCUGAGAUCUACCUGACCAGGCUGCUGGCCACCAAGGGGACGCUGCAGAAGUUUGUGGACGACCUGUUCGAGACCAUCUUCAGCACGGCUCACCGAGGCAGCGCCUUGCCGCUGGCCAUCAAGUACAUGUUCGACUUCCUGGACGAGCAGGCCGACAAGCACUCCAUAUCCGACUCGGACGUGCGGCACACGUGGAAGAGCAACUGCCUUCCACUGCGCUUCUGGGUGAACGUGAUCAAGAACCCGCAGUUUGUCUUCGACAUCCACAAAAACAGCAUCACUGACGCCUGCCUGUCCGUGGUGGCUCAGACCUUCAUGGACUCCUGUUCCACGUCCGAGCACAAACUAGGGAAGGACUCGCCGUCCAACAAGCUGCUCUACGCUAAAGACAUCCCCAACUACAAGAACUGGGUGGAGAGGUACUACUCGGACAUCUCCAGGAUGUCGGCCAUCAGCGACCAGGACAUGAGCGCCUACCUGGCCGAGCAGUCCCGCCUGCACGCCAACCAGUUCAACAGCAUGUCUGCGCUACAUGAGAUCUACUCCUACAUCGUCAAGUACAAAGAUGAGAUCUUGUCGGCGUUGGAGCGCGACGAGCAGGCGAGGAGGCAGCGGCUGAGGAGCAAGCUGGAGCAGGUCAUCGACACCAUGGCCCUCGCCAGCUGAGGGUCGGCCGGCGUCCGCUCAGGGCGCUCUCGCUCGCCGCCCGGCUCCUCCCCCUUGCGGAACCACCACCACCACAACUCCACCCCCCCAACAAUAGGACAAAGUGCAAGAGCGGCGAAGCGGUAAGCUGCAAAAACGGAAGGGGGUUCGGCAGAGAUGGGCGGGGUCUUAUGUGUCCGCGCCAGCGAGUGGACAUUUCCCCGCGCCACGUCGUGGGCGUGGCUUUUUUUUUUUUUUUCAGUCUGAGUCGGAGCGGCGGUCGACGGAGGCUGCGAGAACUUUUUUUUUUUGUCUCCGACCGCCCACUCUGGGAUCUCUCGCCACUCGUGUUACUGCUGAAUUUGCACAAUUCCCCCCCCCAGACAAAAGCUACAAAGGAAGAUAUUCUAUAUAAAAAAACACCUUUUUUUCAAAGACUUUUUUUUGUGUUUGUUUCGACUGGACUUCAAGUGCAAAGAAAGGAGGAAAAAAAAAAAGAAGAAAAAAAAAAAAAAGUUGUACCGUGCCAUGUUUCCUUUGAAUGUUGUUUAGUGGAUGCAACGUGCUAACGUACGAUUCCCUCAAACGCCUCGUGACUGAAGUGAAACCGAAUAGUUUGAGGCGCAGCAAUGAAGUCAGGCGAAGCUCCGCCUUUUUUUUUUUUUUUUUUUUAUCCGUCCUUGCAAAUUCCGCUUUUAAAACCGAGGAGUUGAUUUUUUAUUUCUUCCGCACUCAAGUCAGCUUAGUGACUCGAGUGUGAGAAUUGUUUUGAUUUAUUUUCCCUGCGAGCAAACUGUUGCAAUGUUUUGGUUUGCCACGUGUAAAAUUGUACAUUUUUGACGGUACGCUGAAGGCAGAGAGCAAGGCAGCGGGGCCCCUGAAGGAGGGGGCCCCCGUGAUGAGUCUGUGUCUGUGUGAUGAAACGUGACUUUGCUGCUUUCACUCGCUUUGCUGUCCUAUCCGGUCUUGACGGGGCUGCCAUUCCAUGCUGAUCACUAAUGCUGUCCUGCAAAGAGUCCUUCAUGGGGAGGCCACACCUGGUUUACCUUCACCUGUGACACCUGGUUUACUUUCAACCUGGUUUACCUUCACCCUGGUUUACUUUCAAUACUUUCAACCUGGUUUACUUUCACCUUAUUUACUUUCACCUGUGACACCUGGUUUACCUUCACCUGUGCGACCAUUUGGACUGAUGUGUCAAUGAUUGUAUUGUAGCGAACAUUUCUCUUCAGGUUAAUUACAAUUUUUAUUUGCAAUAAUUCUCAAUUGAUUUAAAAAAAAAAUUCAAGUAAAUUCAAGUAAUUUUUUAUUAGGUGUUUCCCCCCCAAAAAAAUUUACUUCAAAUUAAACACCAUUCUUAUUUGUAACAAUUCUUAAUCGUUUAAAAACAAUUUUAAAAAAAAAUGCAGAUUAAUCGCAAUUAUUUGUAACAAUUCUUAAUUGAUUUAAAAAAAUAAUAAUAAUAAUAAUAAUUUUUUUUUUAUUAGGGGUGUGCAAAAAAAAUGAUUGGGUAACACUUUAGUAUGGGGAACAUAUUCACCAUUAAUUAGUUGCUUAUUAAAGUAACAAAGACUUAAUUUAGAGUUAUUUGGACACUAGGGGAACAUAUAAGGGUUGGGGUUAGGG